UAGUAAAAAUAAUAAUAUAAAAUACAAUGAGUUUAUUGGAGUAAUUUUUUGAAAUUUAGAAUGAUCUCUCGAGUUCUCAAUUAUUUGCUGUUAAUCUUAAAGGGUAUCUAGUAUAAAAAUACAAUUUAUAGGUUCGAGUAAUUUUCUGAGGAAUUAUUUUGUCACAAUUCUAAUUUCACUUAAAUCGAUAACUAUUCUCUAUGGUAAAGCAAUCAAUAACCUUUAUAGCAUUUGUUAAGAAGAAUCGAUACAAUUAAAAGGUUUGAUUGCAAAUUUCAAAAUAGAGUUCAACAUUGAUCCUCAAAUAAUAUAAUUAAAUUCGUAAGAGCAAGUUCUCAAAGUUGAUAAGCGUUAUUAGGUUCAUUUCGUGUGCUUAGAAUUAUGGAAUUUCCUAAUGAAACAUGUUAAAGGAGGUCUUUAUUAUUAUUAUUCUUUUAUAGGGCCAUGUAUACCUCUAUACACCAUAGAAAUAAAUGAGAUCAGAAAAAGUACUAUUCAUGACUUUACAUUUCUGUCAUAACAUAACAUUUAAGAUUUGCCAAAGGGUCUUGUAAUACCUGUAGACAUGACAUAAAUGGAGUUCUUGAUUUAAAAUGAAAAUGAUUCGUUUACUUAUAUAACAAAGGCUGUACCCUUAGCUUUUACAAUCGAAUAAGUUAUAAAAAAGAUACUCUCACCACAAUUCAACGUGACAAACCAUUUGUGCUUUAACCAAACCAGUAGGAAGGUCAUUUUAAAUAAAACUUCGACUUUAAUCUAUGAAUUGGAGUUUAGAUCUCUAUGGUUUAUUAAACCCAACCAGAAAGACAAUGGAUUUUCAGAAAAUUUCGAUGAAAUUACAUUGUAGUAGGAUUUCCAAAAUCACAUACCUGGUUCUACAGAAUCGACUUUUGAAUCAAGGGAAAUCCAAUCCAUACUAGACAGUUCAAAAUCACAUGAAUUUGAAGAUGAUAUCAAUCCCAACAACAACAGCAAUUUGAGUAUUACUUUUAAAUAUUUAGUGUUGAGAGAUAUCAGUGAAUUCAAAAACGAAAUAGAAUCCAUUCUAUAAAAUCAUAAACAACAGCCUCUUAUACUAUUGAAAGAAGAACAGGCUAUUGAGAAUAUCAAUCAAAUAAUUUUGUAGAUUGAGUAAGAAAACUGUUUCAAAAAAGAGUAACAAGAAGAAGGUACUAAUGAUGAACUUAUCGAUUAUUAAGAUAUUUGA